AUGGACGUAUUCUGGACUCUUCCACCCGUGUCAAGAACCAUCACAGCGCUCGCCGUGGUGGUCUCCGCCCUGGGCUAUUCCGGCAUGAUCGACUUGAUGAACUAUGUCUUCAUAAAGGAGUAUAUUAUCACGACCCAGGUGGUACCGCAAAUAUGGCGGCUCUUCACGGCGUUCAUGAUAACGAAACCGAAAUUCGGAAUUCUGCUUGAUCCAUACUUUUUAUAUCAGUAUGGAUCUGGCUUGGAGACAGAGUCAUCCAGAUUCUCACAGCCUGGAGACUUCUUCGUUUACACCAUGUUCGUGGGCGCUGUCAUUGUAGCAAUCGCAGGCUUCUUCCUCAACUCCUACAUGUUCCUCCAAGCACUCUCCCUCGCCUUCGCCUACACAUACGCCCAGGAUAAUCCCUCCCGGCAAGUUUCGUUCUUCAUCAUCACCUUCGAUGCCAAAUACCUUCCCUUCUCGAUGCUCUUCCUCACAUUCAUCAUCGACGGAGGUGAUGCCGCACUGUCACAAGCUGCCGGUCUCGUUGCCGCUCACUUGUAUGACUUCCUGACACGCAUCUGGCCGACAUUCGGUGGUGGUCGGAAUUAUAUCUUCACGCCGAUAAUGGUGAAACGUUGGUUCGGCGGCAGAGCUGGAAAUGUUCAAGCGAGACCAUACGGUACUGCUCAACAGGGAAGGCAGCCCGCGGAUGCGGGCGCAGCGAGGGCUACGGGUAGAAGCACUGGUUUCGGUGGGCAAUGGGAUGGAAGAGGCCCGGGACGACGAUUGGGUGAGCAGUAA